CGUGCCACACAGCGACUGCAAGAACUCUGCGCACUGCUCAUCGAAGAGUCGUGCGGCCAUCUCUCUUCCCAAAUCUUCCUGGCCCUCGCAGACAACGGACGUCUCACUCGCUGGCAGCUGCAACAGACCACCCGCAUACCUGCUCGACAACUGAGACAUGCUCUCGCCGUCCUGAUCCAGCAGCACCUCCUCCUGCACAACACCACCGAAGAAGGCCUUACCUUCUACCACGUCGACUGGCGCAAUGCCUACUACACCCUUCGCUCCAACUCCAUUAUCUCCCUGACCCGCGACCGAUAUGGUGAGAGCGCUGCCAAAAUUGUUACCAGUCUGAUACAGCUUGGACACGCGCGUGUCGGGGAUCUUGCUCAAGCAUUCGAUUUCACUUCGACUACGAAGCGGGACAGCGCGGUCGAUUCGUGUAACGAACAUGUGAACUGCGAGGCACUGGUCAAUGGUGCCCAUGCUCAUGCUCAUACCGGACAUGAUAGCGGCAAGAUCACCACGCUCGGACACUUCCACGCCACUCUUCGCACUUUGCUGAAGGCAGGUCUUCUGAAGAAGAUCAGCAAGCGGUCGUACCUGCCAGCUGCCGACCUUGAAGCCGAGAUCGAGGAACUUGUCAUCCAGGAUCAGUUUCCUGAUCGCAAGAUCACCGGCCCUAAGAAGCAAGCGGAAUUCAAGCUUGCUGUCAACACUCUCAAGCGCAAGUGGCGACAAGCGAACGACUAUUCCGACCAUCGUGACCUUGUUUCCAGCGGUAGCAUCAGACGUCCAGGCAAUCAAUCCGCUAAGCGCGUCAAGUUGAAUGGCUCACUGUCAAACGGUGUCAAUGAGAUGGUCUUGAGAGUGAACUAUGCGCAAUUCAAUCUAGCACUGCGUAGCAAACGCCUGGAAGACCUCGCUGAACCAUACCUUGGAGGCGUUACUGCUGCUGUCUACGCGGCACUUCUGCGAGCGCUUGAGGGUAAGUUGAAGGCUCGCGAUGAUGACGUGAAAGAAGAGCGCGAGGACGAGGAUGAAGACGACCACCAACCGUCUGCGUCAGUGAGUGAAAUAGCUGAGGUUCUUGACCCGACCGUCGACUUGACACUUGGAGUCGUCGGCGCGGCGGACGAGUUUCACCUAUCCAACGGCGAUAGCAAAAAGCCGAAGAAGCUGAAGCUCGCACUUAUCGAAGAGCAUCUCAAGCUGCUGCACGAACAUCCAAAGACUUUCUGCGUACCCACCAGAGGUUCUGGUGGUGGCGAAUGGCGCGUACACUUCUCAGCACUAACGGAAAAUCUGAUCCAGGCCAACGUUGACAUGACAGUGAUGGCUCGAUUCGGUAAGGUCCACGCGCGAUUCGUUCGAUUGCUUCGGGAGCGAGGUCGGCUGGACGAGAAGCAGGUGGCUUCAUUCUCGAUGAUGCGUAUCAAAGACGUACGCGCCAUUCUCACAGAGCUCAAAUUCGCAGGCCUGGUCGAAGGUCAAGAAGUGCCAAAGGACAACACGCGGCAGCCCACGCGAUCGCUGUAUCUAUGGUUCCACGACCAAGAACGCGUCGCAGGUAUGAUCCUGCAGCAGACCUACCAAGCCAUGUCGAGGACUCUGCAACGGCUCAAGGUCGAGCGCGAGGGCUACAGGAAUGUCAUCGAGAAGGCCGAGAUGAUGGACAUGAAGCAAGAAGCAUUGGCACAAAACGAACGCGAGGCCCUCAUGCAGUGGCGAGAAAUCGAAGAAAAGCUUUUGACUCAGUUAGAGCGGAUGGACGAUGUCGUGGCGUUGUUACGCGAUUUCUCUGGGAAGGAUACCUCUUUGGUUUCAUGA